AUGGGCAGCUUGAAACAUGUAGAAGCUGGGAAAUUAGAAAUGACUAAGGAGAUAUAUCGAUUGGCCAAUCUGAGUGUGCGGCUAUAUGAUACAGGUGACCAGGGUGUAGUAGUCCAAAAUAUUGCGGGGUCAUCACUGGUAGAUGAGGUUAAAGCUGAACACCAGAAACCUGGAGGGAUACUUCAUAAUAUUGAGAUUCCAACUUGGAAAUGGGAAUCGAUUAAUAUGGAUUUCAUUACAGGAUUGCCCAAUUCUCACCGGAAGUUCAAUUCAAUUUGGGUCAUUAUGGGUAGGCUGACGAAAUCAGCUCACUUUCUCCCAGUUAGGACCACCUAUUCAGUUGAAGACUAUGCGAGACUGUAUAUCAAGGAAAUAGUUCGGCUACAUGGAGUUCCGCUUUCUAUUAUAUCUGAUAGAGGUUCCCAAUUUACAGCUAAUUUCUGGAGUUAUUAUGCCGAUAUUCAAAUGGCACCCUAUGAGGCACUAUAUGGGAGGAAAUGCAGAUCUCCUAUUGGCUGGUUUGAUGUUGGCGAGACAAAGUUGCUAGGACCUGAAUUGCUACAACAAGCUAUAGAAAAGGGUGUAAUGAGAUUUGGCAAGAAGGGAAAACUCAGACCUAGAUAUAUCGGGCCAUAUCAGAUUGUUCAGAGAAUUGGACGAGUAGCCUACAAACUUGACUUGCCACCGAAAUUAGACGCAAUCCAUCCGGUAUUUCACGUUUCCAUGCUUCGCAAAUUUUUAGGUGAUCCUUCUUGCAUCAGCCCUAUUGAGGAUAUUCAAGCUACCGAGGACUUGUCAUAUGAAGAAAUACCUAUUGCCAUUCUUGACCGUCAAAUCCGUAAGCUACGGACUAAAGAGGUAGCCUCAGUAAAAGUACUUUGGAGGAACAAUAAUGUAGAGGAAAUGACAUGGGAGGCCAAGGAGGACAUGAAGUCCAAAUACCUUCAUUUAUUUGAGUCUUCAGGUGAUAUGCUUGAGACAAAUAUGGCAGGUGUUGCAUAG